GGACUUUGAUUGGACACACCUGUUUAAAAAGGAUGGAUUUUACAUUUUGUGCCACUGAGAGGAAGAUAAUUCUUGAGUGAGAGACUCCCGAAUAGUCCCGGUCCCUCCGUCUGGAGCUGUGCAGCGCGGUGCAGGCAGGACACCUACUCACCAAGACUCAGCCGCCUCCAACCACGCUGUUAUUCCUUCGGCUGUAAAAUGCAACAGCGGUCUUUGUGGGGUAAAAACAGCAUUCAUUCAUGAGCAGCGUCGCAGGGAAACAGGGACAAACGCUGUGGGACAGGAGCGACGAGCGGCCGAGGAGGUGCAGAGAGCGAUACUCUGAAGAUCUAAUUUAUCUGUGAUGAGCAUCCCCAUCCACCAGAGACCAAAGGCCUGCUCGUAUUCUCUCUGAAAGGAAAAGGAAGUGAUGUCACACCACCACCGUCGCUUUGAGAGGGACCAACGUGGACCCUGGGAGCGGAGAGACAUCUGCCCUUCUGUCCUCCACAAUGGAGGAGCCAAUCACAGCUGUGCCUCUGCCAUCAUCAAUGGCAACAACCGUCCGGGGCUUCUACCCCUCCCGGUCAUCCCUUCCCUCCUCCCCACUCCUGUUACAGUUGCCAUGACGACAUCAAGCAGUGACAUAGCGGUCAAGCGAGGCGUCACAGCGGCAGGAUCGGCAGGUGCAGCCCUGACCAAGGUCUCAGGUGUGUCUCCCGUUGACACCCAGAGCUCAGGAUUGCUGCUGGCUCCUGGGGUGAGGUGGGGACAGACGCCCAUUAACCAGCUCACACCUUGGGAUACAGAUGAGCCGCCUGCCAAGCAGCAUCGAGACAGCGAGCCCAGCGGUCCAACCUGGUCUGCAUCAACAGCAGCUGUGAGCCAGUCCAGCCUCCUGCCCCACACCUACACCCCCCCUCAGCCACCCUCCUUCAGCCACAGUGUGACUGCACAGUCACCCAUCAUAGGAGUAACCCCACCCAUCCAGACACCCAUUCCCCCACAGCACCCUCUCAUGACGACCAACUUCCAGCUGACGCCACAAUCUACCCAGAAAACUCCCUCAAUAGUUCUAAACAUGCCCAGUCAGUCUCCUUAUGGCUCCACCCACCCCACAGUCGUAUCCUCAGCCCUCACCGCAAGAGCCAGCCAGGUGGUUCACCCAAACCCUAACAGCAUGAUCAGCAACGGCCACUUAACCUCUCACCCUGGCCUAAUCCAGCCCCUAACCCUUCCUCUGACCAAUGGACAGGCAGCAGCAGCCCAAGCUCUGCCCUCAGCUGCAGACAAUCAGGAUGGUCCAAAUGGUCUGCAAAUGCUGAGGACUGUCAGUACAGGGAAAUACAAGUUCAGCGACCCAGGGCAUCCUAAAGAGAUGUUGCAGGAGUUGAACCAACAGCGCAGAGAGAAAGAGUUUACAGACCUGAAAAUAAUAGUUGAAGGCAAAGAGUUUGAAGUCCACCAAAAUGUUCUAGCUUCCUGCAGCUUGUAUUUCAAGGACCUGGUGAAAAGGUCAUCGAAGGAGACAAAGAGCGGGGAGAUGCUGGAGCUGAACAUGAGCAACAUCAGCGCUGACGUGUUGGAGCAGCUGCUUGAGUUUGUCUACACGGGAUCGCUGGUCAUCGACUCUGCCAACGCCAAGACGCUGCUGGAGGCCGCCAACAAGUUCCAGUUCAGCACCUUCUGUAAAGUCUGUGUCUCCUUCCUAGAGAAACAGCUGACUGCAGCUAACUGUUUGGGAGUGCUGGCUAUGGCUGAAGCCAUGAGAUGCACCGAGCUCCAUAGCAUGGCCAAAGCUUUUGCACUGCAGAACUUCCCAGAGGUGGCGGGACAGGAAGAGAUUCUGAGUGUGUCCAAGGAGGAUCUGGUGUCCUACUUGUCCAACGACAGUCUCAACACCAAGGCUGAGGAGCUGGUCUACGAGACAGUCAUCAAAUGGAUCAGACAAGAGCCAGACUCCAGAGUGGAGAAUUUGUCAGAGCUGCUGGCGGUGGUACGCCUUCCCUUUAUUCACCCAUCCUACCUGCUCAACGUGGUGGAUAAUGAGGAGCUGAUCAAAUCGUCCGAGGUGUGUCGGGAUCUGGUCAACGAGGCCAAGCGCUAUCACAUGCUGCCCCACGCACGGCAGGAGAUGCAGACACCCAGGACUCGGCCCAGACUAUCUGCUGGUGUAGCAGAGGUGAUCGUUCUGGUGGGAGGGCGUCAGACGAUCGGGAUGAACCAGCGCUCCCUGACAGCAGUCACCUGUUUCAACCCUCAGAACAGUAAGUGGUACCCACUGGCCAGCUUGCCCUUCUACGACCGAGACUUCUUCAGUGUCAUCUCAGCUGGAGACAACAUCUACUUGUCAGGAGGGACAGAGAGUGGUGUGAUGGUGGCUGACGUUUGGUGCUACAUGUCUCUGCUGGACAACUGGAACCUGGUGUCCCGGAUGACCGUGGCUCGCUGCAGACACAACAGCCUGGUGUAUGACGGAAAGCUGUACACCAUUGGAGGACUGGGAGUAUCAGGGAAUCUGGACCACGUGGAGAGGUACGACACAAUCACGAACCAGUGGGAGACAGUCGCUCCUCUUCCUAAACCGGUCCAUUCAGCAGCAGCCACAGUGUGCGGAGGAAAGGUCUAUGUAUUUGGAGGUGUAAACGAGGCUGGACGCUCAGCAGGUGUCCUCCAGUCCUACAUACCUCAGAGCAACACCUGGAGCUUUAUUGAAUCACCUAUGAUAGAUAAUAAAUACGCCCCUGCAGUGAGUCUAAACGGUUUGAUAUUCAUCCUGGGAGGAGCCUACGCUCGAGCCACCACCAUCUAUGACCCAGACAAAGGAAACAUCAAGGCUGGUCCCAACAUGAAUCACUCUAGACAGUUCUGCAGCGCUGUGAUCCUCGAUGGUAAGAUCUUCACCACAGGAGGCAUCGUGAGCAGUGAAGGACCUGCUCUCGGCAACAUGGAGACCUUUGACCCCAACACCAACACAUGGACGCUUCUGCAGUCCCUGCCCUGUCCGCUCUUCAGACAUGGCUGCGUGGUCAUCAAGAAGUACAUUCAGAGCAGCUGAGAGUGGCUGGGACUCGAUCAGACUGGGUUCAGUGCCAAAAACCUGCUGAGUUCUGGUUGAAGGACAAUGUUUGACAGCUGCUUUGGGUUGAGGUUGGUCGGUCUGUGACCUGUAGACUUGACGCCAGCAUCCAUCCAGCCCUUUUCCUGUCCCAGCCUUCAAAGAUCCCUGUGCAGAAUGUACUCAUGCUCAGCUACUCAGCCAUGUUAGGAGUAAAUGCCUAAGUUUUGGUUCUGUUUUUACCAUGGUCACAGUUCAUCAUCCAUCUAACAGGCACAGGGACUGUCCAAGUAAACUCCUUUUUUUUAUUGAAGUUGUUGUUGAUUCUUUGUUCCUUUCUGUAAACUCACCACCUCCAUAUUUCUACACUCUGAUGAAUCGCAGUGAAGGCCAUGCAGGAUGAGAUUUUGUCCCUGUAAGAGAAACAUGCUCUACAGCGGAAGGUUUCAGUCUUAAAUCUGUGUAUGAAUAGUUUUCAGAAAAGAAAUCAAGUCAAGGAAAGGUUUUUAUAUUCUUAUUGCUGAACUUGAAGAAUCUCUUCUUGCUUACUUGUCAGGAAGUGGAAUUCCCACAGUUAUAGUGAAUUUAAAAAUUAUUUUAAAAGCACAUUUUGAACUCUGUGUAUGUAACUGAGUUCAGUGUUGGUGUUAUUUUCCUUUAUGUAAUUCCAAGCAGGCUGAGGUAUCGGUGACGUGUUUUUCUUUCUUUUCAAUCACUCUGUUUCUCUAAACAGCAGAGAUGACAUUUAGAUAAAAAUGGAAUUCCUUAAAAUCCAAGUUGGGACAGAUCCUCCAGGAAAAAGCACAAUAACCAUCUGUUACAUGCAACUUGUCUGCUGAGUCAUGUUUAACUUAUUUUAUCUGCUUCCUUCAAUCUCACUGGUUGUUUUAUGCUGUUAUUUAUUGUGACCCACAGAAUGAGUUGGGUUUGUAUCCUGUAAAUACUUGGAGUAAAUAUGUAUAUUUUAAAACCUUAAGAAAGCUCUGUAUGAAUGUUUUUGAAACCUGAAGAAAAUUUUUUAUAAAAGUUUUUGGAAAAAAAAAAAAACAUUUAAAAGGGGUUUGUCUGUAAAUCUUUACUCAACAGCAUAACAGUUACCACUGAAAGCAAAUACAACUAUCAGAAC